CUUUGCACAAUGGUAGUUCAAAGUAUAUAAGGUUAUAUAGGCUAUGGACCCAAUUUGAAAAAUUCAAAAUGGCCGCCAUUUUUCAAGAUGGCUGCCAAUAUGUCCGAAAAUUAAGAAAAUGCCCUUUUGUUGAAUAUUUGUGGUGAUUACUUGAUAAUACAAAUGGAAUAUUACAAUAUUUUAUUAUCUAUUGUCUUGAAAUUGAAAUUUAGAUAAAAAAUAAAUAUGUUAUUGAGAUAUUUUUUUCAAUUUUGUGUUGUUUUAAGGUAAAAAGGUGAAAAAAAUAUGGUAAAAAUCCUUAAAAAUCACAUAUUUUUACCUUUUAAUCAUAGAUUUACACACGUUGUUGUCUUUUUGAAAUACUGUAAUACUCUUUAGUUGUUUAUACACUUAACACAGUACUGUACAUGUCUGACUGACGAGUUGCAUGCCUGAUAUGUGCUACGUAUAAGCUCAAAUCCAAAGAAAGCUCAUAGGACAAUCUCGAAAUUGGCACGCAGACAUUUCUUAGGUUUUCAAAAUAUUUCAAAAUGUGCAUUACAUACGUACGGUGCAAAAUUGCUCGUUAUACUUAUAUUGAUAAUUUCCAGAAUGUUUUGCUUUAUUUUUUAUGAUUAAGUAAAUAAAGAAUUUAGCAUAGUUACUUCCCUUUGUUUGAUAUUCCCCAUUUGUGUGUAGCAGAAGAAAACUUCUUGUGCAGGUUUUUUUCAACUGUUGUGUGAAAAGUUUCAAGAUUUUACAAUAUUUGCUGAAAAUUAGGUAAGUGGAUUACUUUCUUGAUGUUGUAGCCUUGCUUUUAAAAUUAUAUUUAACAUAAGAUAUGUCUUAUAAGAGUCAUGCUCAAAAAUUUUAAAAACUGUCAUAGUCUUCGGAUAUAUAAUAGUGUUCGGAUAAAUUGACGAAUUAAUGUUAAUCAACAGCUUGUUUUGUACAACUAUUACAAUUAAUAUCGUUUUUUUCUUAUUUUGAAUCAGAACCGCGUUACUUUAAUAGGAAUUUGGCGAACUAAGGAAAUAAAUACCCGCAAUGCUUUCUAUAAUACAUGAUUAUCAUAUGUCGGUACCAUUGCAGUUUAAUUAGAUUAUAUUUUUCAAUGUUUAACAAACAAAAAAAAUCAAUUUAUAAAGUAAUAUUCCAUCGACAAUGACACGUAAAUAAAAAAGUUUAUUUAUCUUUUUAGGAAGAUCCAGUAUAGCAGCUCUAUAUAAAUUGAAACAGCCACACCAUGUAACGUCAGAACAUUCAUGUAUUUAGGCAUCGUAUGAUUAACAUGGAAUCACUUGAUGGUAAGAAUCUAAGCUUCCAGAGAGAUGUGGGAAAUGUUACAAAGAACCCAGUGCUUUUUUCAAGUUCAAGGUUAUAUGACGUCACGCCUAAAGUGCCACAAACAUCACCAAAGUCUAAACUAGUACACUGUCCAAUAGAUUGGUUACAUUGUAUUCUCUGUCAAACACAUUCAAGGGAAGCGCUUCAGUGUCCCGCAUUGAUUAAACGCAAUGAUGUUUCUAAAGGUGCAGGCUAUGAGACACUGCUAAGUGAUAUAUCUAGUUAUCAUGAAGUUGGAUAUUUUCCAGUACCGAUAAAUUCAACAUUAUUAGGGGAACAGAAAGAUGUAGUUGAACUUCUCUUAAAAAAUGAAGCUAAAUGGCACAAGAAUUGUCGUAACAAAUUUAGCAAACUGAAACUUACAAGGCUACAUAAGCACAAGUUAAAAGUUGAGGCCGAAACUGACAGCAGUACACCAAACAAAAUAACUCGUAAGAGUUGUGGUGCAGCUACAGUGGCUGAUUGUAAAAAAUGUUUCUUUUGUAAUACAGAAUCUGGAGAUCUUCAUCAAGCUUCCACAUUUGAAAUGGACACAAAAGUUAGACAAUGUGCUUUAGAUUUACAAGAUACAGUUCUUUUAGCAAAACUUAGUGCGGGAGACCUCAUAUCACAAGAAGCCAUGUAUCAUUCUAAUUGUUUGGUAACCCUUUACAAUAGGUCCAGGAAGCUGCAAGCAGAAAAUGAUUCAAAUAAAUCUUGUCAACAAUUACAUGGCAUUGCUCUUGCAGAACUAGUGUCGUAUAUAGAAGAGAGUAAGUCCAGUGAUUCAAUAACCAUACAUAAGCUUGCAGAUCUUGCCAAGAUGUAUUCUUCACGUUUAGCCAAUUUAGGUGUAGAUACUACCAGCCGUGUUAAUACAACUAGAUUAAAGGAGCGCAUAAUGGAACACAUUCCAGACAUUGAGUCUCAUAAACAGGGCAGAGAUGUGUUGUUAGUACAUAAUGAAGACAUUGGCAAGGUAAUAAAACAGGCAUCUGAGAAGGUAUAUGAUGAUGAAGCAAUUGCUCUUAGCAAGGUAGCAUCGAUGAUAAGAAGAGACAUUUUCAAUCAAAGUUACUCAUAUGACUUUAAUGGGACAUUUUCUGACAAAUGUCAACAAGAUUCAAUCCCAAAAUCAUUAAAAGCUCUAAUUGAAAUGAUACUUAGGGGUCCAAAUAUCGUCGAUCAAGAAAAUGAAAUUUCUAAUGCCCAGAAUGUACUUAGUAUAGCACAACUUAUUGUAUUUAAUUCAACCAGUCGUCGCAGGAAUCAGUCAGUGUCCACAUAUCACACAAUAGCUAGGGAACCUGCAUUGCCAAUAUAUAUUGGAUUGAUGAUCCAUGCCGAGACUAGAAAACGUGGUAUCAUUGAUAAACUCAAUAAUCUUGGAAUUUCAAUUUCCUAUAACAGGGUGCUGGAACUUUCAACCAAGAUGGGCAAUAGUGUCUGUGAUCAGUUUGAGCAGGAGAAUAUUGUAUGUCCUUCUGUUCUUCGCAGAAAUAUAUUUACCACCGCUGCUGUAGAUAACAUUGACCACAAUCCUAGUUCCACUACAGCUCAUGGUUCAUUCCAUGGAACUGGAAUUUCUAUUUUCCAGCAUCCGACAAGAGAGUGUCCUGGAGAAGCCCGCAAUGUCAAUGUAAUCAACAAAGGUGACCAACAAACUAGAUUAAAACAACUUCCAGAUUCUUAUGCUAACAUACCGCCUGUUGCUAUCCAGAGAAAAUCUGGAAUUCCGGAGGCAAACAGACCUUUUGCAAGUGACUGUCAACAAAUUCUACCAGCGCUUCAAACCGAAGAAAGGUGGUUGGAACAUGUGAGGAAUGAGGUUGAGUCAAAAGAAUCACAAGAUACAGCGAUAUCAUGGUCAGCAUUUCAUGCCAAUGUGGCCACUCAGAAAGAGUAUGAUUCUCCUGUUGACAUUGGUGCUUUAUUACCACUAUUCAAUGAUGAAGCCAAGUCUGUGUCCAUGAUACGUCAUUCUAUGAGUAUCAUAGCAGGUAUUGUACAUCACCUUAACCCUGGACAAAUCCCAGUAAUGACAUGCGAUCAGCCACUUUAUGCUUUAGCUAAACAAAUACAGUGGGACUGGCCUGAUAUAUAUGGUGAAGCCAAGUUUGUAAUCUUGCUUGGAGGUCUUCAUAUUGAGAUUGCUGCUUUGAAAACGAUAGGAGAUUGGUUACAGGAUAGUGGCUGGACACAUGCACUUGUGCAAGCCAAUAUUGCUUCUGCAGGUACAGCAGAUUCGUUCCUUAAAGCGUCUCAUGUUGCCCGAUCCCGCCAUGCUCAUCAAGUAACAGCAUGUGCCUUGUAUAUUCUGAUGUAUCAGGCGUACCAGUCCUUUCUUGAGUCACAUGUUGGAGACCAAGGUACAACAGCUGUUGAGUUUAGUGCUUGGCGUACGCAAAGAGAAAAUGAAAGUCCACAGUUUCUGUUUUGGUCGAUUACAUUAAAACUAGAACAGUCAAUUUUAAUGUUUGUGAAAUCAUUACGAGAAGGGAAUUUCAAGCUAUACAAAGAUACAGUUACAAACCUUUUACCAUGGUUCUUUGCCCUGGAUCAUCCAAACUAUGCACGAUGGUUAUCAGUACAUGUUCGUGAUUUGAUGAAUUUAGAUCACAUUCAUCCCAAUAUUGCUGAGCAGUUUGAAAAUGGGCGCUUUGUAAUCCGCAAAACUCAUCAUGCUUUCUCCUCGAUUCCCAUUGACCAAGCUCAUGAACAAAACAAUAAAUUAGUUAAAGGUGAUGGUGGUGCUAUUGGCCUUACUGAAAACUCAAACCAGCUAUUACGGUGGAUGGUAUCAGGACCAGAGAUUGCAAGAGCUCUCCAAGAAUUCGAGCAAGGGCAGAAUUGUAAGAACAGUUCACUAACCGAUGAUAAAGAUGUUAAGCACCAUGAACAGAACAAAAGCACGCAAGUGAGAUUUGGAAAACAAGUAAAAGACUUGUGUGCAGUCAUUGAAGAGUUUGGAAAUCCCUUUAAUGAUUACACAGAGGACCUUUUAGUAUUAGAUACUCGGAACAUACUCGAUGAUCAGGUGAAGGACACCGUCAAGCAAAUUGAAAGAGUUGGCAAAGAACAAUUUGAAACCUUCAUUACUGAACGAUUUGAUACCAGACAAAAGCCUGUCACUGAUCCUAUAAAGCAGAAUAAAUUCCCGCUUUUUAGUAGGCCUGCAAUUAAAGAAAAAAGCAAGGAGAAACAACAAAUUUCUUCACUUAAAGACACUUGUUCACUUUUUUCAAAGUUAUAUGUAUCUUGUCAGGUGCGCAAAGGGGACCUUGAUGAGUUUUUUCUCCAUGAGAAUAGCAAGUAUCCUCCUUCAAUUUCACAGUUCGGACAUUUAAGAUUUGGUUGUAAAUCUGAAUUGUUAAACUGCCUCGAGCAAGUAUGUCCAUCUGAAUAUGAAAUACCAGAUGUUGAUGUAAAGAUUUUCGAUGGUGCAGCCAUUAUCAAUAUAUUAAAACCUAAUGGCUGUCAAACAUUCCUUGAGUACUCACAGAAUGUGUUUAUACCGUUCGUUGAGCGUCAGAUACAGAGUGUUUCUAGAGUGGACAUUGUUUGGGAUGAAUACAUAACAAAUAGUCUAAAAGCUACAACAAGAGGCAAACGUGGACAAGGUAUUCGUAGAAGAGUCCAGUCAGAUUCACGAAUUCCUGGAAGUUGGGAAGCCUUUCUUCGAGUUGAUGAAAACAAAACAGAGCUAUUUGGGUAUUUAGCAGAUCAGGUGAUAACAUUAACAUGUGACAACAAUAAGCAGAUCAUAACCACAAAAGGAUCAGAUGUUCUGAGCAAUACACCAAUAGAAGAUAGUAGUAUCAUAUCUCCAUGUACACACGAAGAAGCAGAUACAAGGCUUUUACUUCAUGUUGCUCAUGCUGCAAGGCUGAACAAUACAAAAGUCCUUGUACGCACUGUUGACACAGAUGUUGUUGUCAUAGCUAUAACAGUCUUUCAACAUAUAAAUGUACAAGAGCUAUGGAUAGCAUUUGGCACUGGAAAACAAUUUAGAUAUAUACCUGUACAUAAACUCUGUAAUGCUCUUGGUCAAGAUAUAGCAAGUUGUUUAUCGGCAUUCCAUGCGUUUACUGGAUGUGAUCAAACUUCAUCAUUCUGUGGCAAAGGUAAAAAGACAGCAUGGGGUACCUUAAAAGCAUUUAGUGAAGCUGUCGAAGCAUUUCAAGUUCUUAGUAAAACUCCAACAGAAGACUCUAUUGCCACUGUUAUGCCAACGUUGGAGCGAUUUGUAAUUCUUAUGUACGACCGAUCAAAUGCUGCUACAGGAGUCAAUGAAGCGCGAAAAGACCUCUUCACACGAAAAGGAAGAUCUAUUGAUGGAAUUCCACCAACCCAUGCAGCACUUUUACAACACACUAGACGAACUGCAUAUCAGGCUGGGUACUGCUGGGGACAGGCGCUUUUGCCCUCCCCAGAACUUCCUUGUCCUAGUAACUGGGGUUGGGUGAAAGGUCAGGGUAAUACAUGGGAGCCGUUCUGGACAACACUACAACAGGCCUCCGAGUCUUGCCAGGAGUUACUGAAGUGUAGCUGUAGUCCCCAGAUUGGUUGUCGUGGGAGGUGCAAAUGUAUCAAAGCUGACUUGAUGUGCACAGCUCUUUGUCUGUGUGGUGGAGAUUGUGACCGAGGAUAGACUUAUGGGCGAGGUUCAGGGUCUGUGUAAUUUAUGGUGUUGUUAGUAAUAUUGGUAUAUCUUGGUUUGUUCAACCUAUCUACUAUGACUUCAAGUGAUACACAAUCAAAAUAGAAGUACUGAAUACAUCAAUUAUACUUUGGUACAUAAAAAACACUUUUUUGUGCAUUUGGCGGCCAUUUUGGAAGCCAUUUUGAAAUAAAUACAGCACUUAAAUUCAAAUCUUAUUAGAGAUAAACAACGAUAUAUAUGUGUGCAACAUGAAAUAGGUAAAUUUAAUAACAAUUUAUCAAUUUAUUAAACAGUAUUCUCAU